AUGAAAUCUGAAAACUGGCACCGCAAAAGUAGUGGAGAUACUAACUUUGUUCACCCGCACUAUACCUCAACAGCUUCAACAGCAGCAGCAGCCGCCGCGGCAUCUGCCACUGCCCAAGGGUCUAAGAAAAAGUCACAUAAGUUUAGCGUGGUAGUGGCCAAAGCUAUGCAUAAGGUGCGGCGCAUCUUUUUUUACAAGCGCGGAGUGGGGACUGGUGACCCGGCCGCCACCGGUGCUUUAGUAGUGGCAGGGAAACGUGGAUAUACCCCUAGUGUUACAAUGCGUCGUGGAAGCAGGAUUCGCAGUACGAGUAACGGGUCACUGCUACCCAUAGAUGAGGGGGUGAAUGGAGGCAGCAGCAGCAGAAGAGGAAGUUAUCGGUCAGGAGCACGGUUACGCGGGUCGCUACGCAAAACGAGAGAAGGGAGUGGAAGCUACCGCAGUGGCAGCAGUGCAAUGAUUUUUCCAUACAACUCAUUGUCGCGGAGUGUGCGGGUCCCUGAAAAGUAUAGUUCGACGAAGAUUUACACCCGGUUGUCGCAAUUAUCAGGGCAGAAGCAGGCAAUGGAGACAGUGCGGUAUCAUGCAGAGUUGAAUAAAAGUGUGGAAGAAUUUGAGACUCCAGCGGUUGAAAUUAAACCGACUAGUGAUACCCAGUUGAGAUUUCAUCGUGCAAGCAGCUAUAUUGCAUGUUUGACAACGCCUCACAAGUACCUGGACACUGGGGGGAAUUCUAGUGAAUUGAAUAAAAAAUCGGAGCUAGGGAAUAAAGCCAUUAUUGAGGAAGAACAAGAAGAACAAAAAGAAGAGAAAUCUGUUGGCUCAACUGCUGAUCCAAAACUUGAAGAAGACGAAGAGGAGGAAGAAGAGUUAGAUGAAAAUCAUGCUCGAGUACCCGGAUGGACCCAUUCGAUUCGCAUUGAGGAACCAUACCCUGAAUCGGCUGCUGAAUUUACUAGCUCGCCUAAAAAACCAAAAAAUUCAAAUUCUUUAACAGAAAAUUUCAAACCCGAUACCCUUGAACAGUGUGAUCCCAUCUCAUCGCCCUCCUCCAUUGCUCCACCUAUAAUGGUGACUCCUCCCCAAGAAGAAGAUAUCUGCAAAGUAUUACCUCUCGAUCAAGCAUUUGAAAGCAUUAUUCGGCGAGGGGCAAGCGCUGAAGUCUCAGCUAUGGAUCACGAGGUGGUCAUCAAUACCUAUCGCAACAAGUAUUUAGCUGAUCUGGGGUACUCACCGACCAACAUUUUUGAAAAUGAGCCGGAUCGCAAGUCGCUCUCGGAAACAACAGAAAGUAAUGCAGAACAAUCAGAGAUUGUUUCUGGUUGGCAUGGACAAAGUGUGAAGGACAAAGAAGAAGGUUGCUCGUUUGUUAUUGAUCAUGAUGGCGUGCAUUACCAAAAGCAAGGGCCAGAAACGAAUGGAUUUGUAAUACCCAAAAGUGAUAUCCAUCCUGUCAGUGCAAAUAGUUUAGACAGUGGUACAGCGUCUGGGUCGCUGUCAAGCAAAGACUCUCCUGGAAACCCAAUCAUGUAUUAUUUCUCUGAAAACAGUCCUCAGCCCCCAGUGCCACCUCCUAGCCAGGGUGAUGCAAAGUCCGGUGAGACUCUAAAACGGCGGCGAUAUAAUGUCGGAGAUCACGAACAUCACUUGCACCAGCACCACACGCAUCUUGGUCCUAAUCAUCACACUGUACGACGCCGGUUUUCAGCGUCAUCGUACUCGUCCACAUCGUCCACUCAAAAGUUUCAGUCAACGGGUCGACGCCAUGCAGAUAGACCCCCACUCAAGUCCUGCAUCAAGAAGAAAACGGCAGUUACUGCAGGAACUCAAAUUCACAAUGAAGAGACCUCGCUCACAAGUAUCUCAGUGAACCAAGCGUCGCCUAAAAUUGUGACACCGCGACGGGGUCCUCGAGCAGAGUCGUACGAGGGUGACGGCUGGGAAGAAGAAGACUUGGUUAAUGCAAGUGUGAGCUUUGAGAAUAACCGAAAGGGUAGUAGCGGCCCUCACAGGAAACCGUCACUGACAUCACUGACGUCAAACUGUGCAGGUUCUAAUACAAGCUUUGGAACAAAUGUGACUAGUAGCGGUGGCAGCGGCGGCUCCCGGUCCAAACGGGUCCGGUUUCUGAUUGAUGUGGAGAGCGUAGCUAGCAAGAGCCCAGUUCUCACGCACCUCAUGCGCCGCAGUAACGUCAACACGUCGCUGUUUGUUUCCCCGGUUGCAGACAAUAGACAGCAGGCUCCAACCACCAGAAAUAGCCUCAGAGAAGAGUCUUCUAAAGACUUACAUUCCUGUUCAUUUACAACAGUGUCUGAGGCCGUAACUGCAUCGCCUUUAUAUGCAUUCAACCCUCCACGUCGCACAAACUCUCCACCGCCACCAUUGUCGUCUUUCUCGCGUCACUCGGAAGGGCAUUCACGAGAAGGAUCGUUGUCACCAACUGGUGCCUCUUUGCCUGUGCUUUACUCCACUCCUCAGUCUUCGUUUCUGACUCCGCCCAAUGUGUUACCUUUGGGUAGCACGGGUCCGUCUCCAGGGCUUUGUGCAACCCCAGCAGCCGGUUUCUUGGGCCCCGCAGGAAACGCUACCAAGCUUUCAAGAUUGGCGUUGGGGACCGGUGUCCAUGGCGGGUUCAUGGGCCCGGUUUCGGCAGUGUUUGGAAGCAAUGCAGGAUUGUCGUCGUCACAACAACCGCGACAACCAUUGCAGGGACGCCGCGGGAAUAUGGGGGCUGCGGAAAUUGGAAUCAAUGUAGGGUACUCUGGGGUCUGGGGACGUUAG